AUGAGUAAACAAAAACAAACCAUGUCAGAAUUACAAUGCAAGGAAAAAACGGGCGUGUUCGUGGGUGUUUCUCUCACAAUAAACCAGGAACGCACAUCCGUGAAAGUAUUCAUAGCCAUGAACGAUGGGAAUUUUUGUAUAGACACCCAGGAGCUGGCGUUCAAGAUAAUAUACGUUAAUGACAAAGAAUGUCUCCAAAACAUCAUCGAAAUAGAGGAGAGGGAGAGCGUAGAAGGUAUCGGCCGAUUCUCUAUCAGUAUUGAUGGGCUAAUUACAAUUCCUGAGCCGUUUAUUUGCGAUCAUGAAUUUCAGCCGGAAACAGAAGAACCUACCUCUGGCGUGAAAAUGCUUAUCGAUUAUUUGAACAAAAUCGGAAAUUACUACCAGGAUGAAAGGUUCUUUUACAGGAUAUGCAGGAAAUGUGAUCGCAUCGAACAUGUCAACAAGAGCGUUGGUACGCUCGUGUCAGAAAGUCUGAAUCAGAACUUCGAGUUCGAAAUAAUGCGCUAUGAUGAUACAAACUACCGAAUGCUGUGCAUGGUGCUAAAACAUGUAAACAAAACGGUCAAAAACUUUUUGCGCGAGUACACCACACGAAACAACAUGAAGAUCAUUGCCGGCGGAUUCCCCGCUUCUGUGUUCAAGUACUCGGAUCUGUUAAUGGCAAUACAGCACGAGUUUUGGAUCGAACUGGAUGCGUUUCCAUGCUUCUUUUUAACGACACGCUCGGACCUGGAGAGCAUUGCCGAUAGCUUUUCAAGGAAGAGUGCGAGACUCAUAGGAUUUAACAAUCUGCUGCGAUUGGAGAUUGGCAAGCAAAACGUCGUUGAGAUUGACAGUUCUGUGAUCAGCUUUUGUUCACUGCAGAGUUAUCGGGACUUUCUUGAGGAUCCGUUGUCACGUGUUGUUGACGAUCUGAAGGUUAUUGCAAAGCGCUUCACAGGUAAAAAGAUAUCGUUUAUCAGUUCUACACCACAGGGCGGUGGCGUAGCACUCAUGCGACACGCACAUAUGCGCUUCUACAAGCUCCUGGGAAUUAAUGUUUCGUGGUAUGUCACCAUCCCGGUUGCCUCUGUGUACACGAUCACAAAGAAAAAGUUCCAUAACAUCCUGCAGAACGUAGCGAAGGAUGAGGAGCUGAGCACAGAAGACAAAAAGAUGUACGAAAGCUGGAUUAAGGUAAAUUGUGACCGGCUGUGGAGCAACAGCGUGUUCAGAGAAAGCGACAUUGUUAUCCUCGAUGACCACCAGACAAGCGGCUUCUUCAAAUUCGUGAAGAGCGCCAAUCCGAAGGCAAAGGUCAUCUACCGGUCACAUAUACAGAUCAGAGGCGAACUCUACAAAAUAAAAGAAGAUUUCACAAAGACAUGGAACUACAUUUUCAGCAAUAUACGAGGGGUGGAUCUGUUCAUAUCGCACCCCAUCGAGUCGUUCGUUCCGUUGAAUGUAGACAGAAGAAAGAUUGUCUACCAGCCACCAAGCACCGACCCGCUGGACGGACUGAACAAGCCGAUGGAUGAGUACAUCUCGGAAUACUACGAAGGCCUGUUCCACAAAUCAUGUGCGGCGAGCCAACAGAAAGAGCUUUCUCUGUCCAAGCCAUACAUCGUGCAAAUAUCCCGUUUCGAUCCCUCGAAGGGCCAGAAAGAUGCGAUAGACGCGUUCUCAAUCGUUUACAGGCAACUUGAGAGCCGCAUCAAGGCAGUAGGUGACCCUCUGCACGACCUGCAUCUGAUACUGUGCGGACACGGAAGUGUCGAUGACCCGGAAGGUGGUCUUAUAUUCAAUGAAUUGCUUGCAUACCUCAACGAGGAGAAGAAUGCAGCGGUAAGAAGCAGCGUAAUUGUAGUUAAAUUGCCGCCACUUGACCAGAUUCUGAAUCUUGUCUUGAAAAAUGCACGUCUAGCGCUGCAGCUCAGUAUAAGUGAGGGAUUUGAGAUUAAAGUGACCGAAGCUGUUCUUAAAAGCGUACCCGUCGUUGUGUAUGACAGCGGAGGUCUUCCGCUACAGAUAUAUGAAAACAAAACCGGCUUCAUUGUGCCGUGCCACGAUACCGCAGCAGCGGCAGAGAAGAUGAUUUAUCUGCUGAACCAUCCCGAAUUUGCAACGGAUAUGCGUGGUUACAUACAUCUGUCGUACCUUCACACGACCCCGUUCCAGAUACUUGGAUGGACACGUAUUUUUGAAAAGGUCAUUAAAAACGAGGAUGGCAAUGAAGAGGUCAUCUGUGAGAGCAUUGUAAAAAACUAUUUUGAUAUUUUUAAGGAAUUUAUGCUGCCCAAGCUGAAGAGGUGAGCGUUGAUUAACGCUGUCAUAAAUAAAG